AUGGUACAUGUAUCCCCUUACCCUUUUGUCCUGAACAUCAGAUAUAUUUCCCUAGGCCAUCCUCGUAACGGAGUACCCAUCUUGCUCAAUGUAAUUACCUAUUCUGUCUUCUCCAAAACCUCCCUCCCUCCACCCGGAUCUGUCCAAGUUCAACGAAAUCUUGUCAACCCCCUGUCACCCUUUUUUGCCAUUGCACAAUCAACUGCUCAAGGUCGAGCAAAAUCGAACAGUUACACGGCCGGUCCACAGCCGCUGAUACAGGAUGGAAAUGGGGCUGAUCCAUUGAUUCAGCCUCCCUCGGCGUGGGCGUUUUAUUGGCGAACUGGAUGGCCCAGGGUGGGCCAGGACAGUGGGCAAAUCGACUGCUGUGGUGCAGCGAAGCCUGAAGGAUCACCUGGAAUUCCAGAAGGUACCGCGAAAGACCGCCUGGUUGUAGAAGUGACUUUGUUUACAUGGUGCCCCCUUUUCUGGCGUAUUAUGGUGUUACUACGUACGCAAAAUCAGACACUCCUCGAGGAGUCAUAUGCCGAAAUAAAGCUCUAUCGAUCUUACCUGCGCGAUCCGACCACCAACAUGUGGAAGCACGUGCUGCCUGGCAGUGGAAACUUGAUCAAUGAUAGGUGA